CCUCCCUCAAUAGCAAUGACCCGCGAAUGGCUGUAUGCCAGAAUUGCUGUUAUGGGUGGGGUAUAUUGGAUUGCUUUCCUGCUGCUAUGGAAGCAUGCUUUGAACUGGUGAUGAUUUUCGUUGUGAUCUUUGCCAUUCUGGGGAUAGCUUACGGUUUCCUAGCUGCCACCAUGUCAAUUCAGCGGAUCUGGCAGAAACACUACCACGUUCUUACUAAGAGGGAGCUUACUAAGGAGUACAUAGUGGAGGACCUUCACGGCUCUUAUACCCCACCAAAACUUGAUCCGGAGCAUGAAAAGCGCUUGAAAAUGAUGAAGCUUUUGUAGUGUGAAGAAAUUGGUAUUUGAGGUGAGUCUUUCAAAUUAUUCAGAACACAAAAGAUAAAAAUCUGCCGGUUGCUUGGCCAUUUUGUCAAAUAGAGUUGGGGGGGGGGGUAUCCUUUUUCUAUAGAAAUCUCACUUUGAAGUCUUUACAUGGUUAUAGCCGACUGACUGUGAACGCGGUAAACUGACCAUGGCGGGGGGCAGGGGGUGC